CUUAUUUUCGAAGAGUUAGAAUUAUUCUCAAUAAUUUCUUUGAAUUAUACAAAUAUCCCCGAGGAACAUUUUCUCUUCCAUAGUGAUCUCCUCAGAACGAAUUGGCUUAUCGGUUUCUACUGUCUGGCAAUUGGCCGUUUCAGAAAUUCUUCGUCGUCCUCUCCCCUAUUUUCAGGACGCCGUGUCUCCGUUCCCGAUCUCUUCUUUCCGGUGGUGGAGGAGAAAAGAGUGCGAAGAAAGAGAUUUUUCUGAGUAAUAGAUUGUGAUGGCGAAGAGAGUGGAUCACGAAUAUGAUUACCUGUUUAAGAUCGUCUUGAUCGGAGACUCUGGAGUCGGGAAAUCCAACAUCCUGUCCAGGUUUACCCGAAAUGAGUUCUGCCUAGAGUCCAAAUCUACAAUUGGAGUUGAGUUCGCCACUCGAACUCUGCAGGUGGAGGGAAAGACUGUGAAAGCCCAAAUUUGGGACACUGCGGGGCAGGAAAGGUACAGAGCAAUAACAAGUGCUUACUACCGAGGAGCCGUAGGGGCACUCCUUGUGUACGACAUAACAAAGAGGCAGACCUUUGACAACGUCCAAAGGUGGCUCCGGGAACUAAGGGACCACGCCGACUCCAACAUUGUGAUCAUGAUGGCGGGCAACAAGUCUGACCUCAACCACCUUCGGGCAGUGUCGGAGCAGGACGGUCAGGCCUUUGCCGAGAGGGAAGGGCUGUCCUUUCUGGAGACAUCGGCACUGGAAGCGCAUAACGUGGAGAAGGCUUUUCAGAGUGUUUUGACAGAGAUUUAUCAAAUAGUGAGCAAGAAGGCAUUGGCUGCACAGGAAGCUGCAUCCAAUACUACUUUCCCUGGUAAAGGUACCACCAUCAAUGUUGGCGAUUCUUCGGCCAAUGCAAAAGGUGGCUGUUGCUCUACUACCUGAUCUUUCCUCUCUUCUUCUUCUUUCAGAAUGUAAGAUUACUUUCUUUAUUGGUACAAGAAAGUGAGCUUAUGAAUGUUAAAAUUGUUUAUUACCUUUGGUGAAUACACUUUUUUCUUCUUCCUUUUUAUUCUAUAAAAUUUUUUAUUCUUUUUUUUUUGUGGUCCUGGGUGGGUCAGGAAAUUUACCAACAAUUGGCCUUCUCUAUUUUUUUUUAAUUUUUUUUUGAAGAACAAAUGUACUCUGUUAUA